ACUAUCCCAGGAUUCCCGACUCCCGGUUUCCUGCCCUUCUCCCCUCCCAGCUCCCGGAGCCUGCGGGAGCGGCAAGAUGGCGGACGGAGACGGAUUGGGUGAAGCAGCUACUGCUACGGCAUCUCCUCCUGCACCUGCUCCCGGCCUGAGCCCGUCGCUCGGCUGGAGGGAGCGGCUGCGGGCCGGACUGGCGGGGACUGGGGCCUCGCUGUGGUUCGUGGCGGGGCUGGGACUGCUUUACGCUCUGAGGGUCCCGCUGAGGCUGUGUGAGAAUUUGGCUGCGGUGACAGUAUUUUUAAAUUCAUUGACACCAAAAUUCUAUGUGGCACUUACAGGAACAUCUUCUUUGAUAUCAGGACUAAUAUUUAUAUUUGAAUGGUGGUACUUCCAUAAACAUGGCACGUCUUUUAUUGAACAAGUAUCCGUGAGCCAUUUGCGACCACUGAUGGGAGGAACAGAAAGCAGCAUUUCAGAGCCAGGUUCUUCUUCUAGCAACAGAGAAAGUGAAACCAGCAGACAGAAUUUGUCAGAAUGCAAGGUAUGGAGAAACCCUCUAAAUCUUUUCAGAGGAGCAGAAUAUAGGAGAUACACUUGGGUGACUGGUAAAGAGCCACUUACAUACUAUGACAUGAAUUUGUCAGCUCAGGACCAUCAGACCUUUUUCACCUGUGACACGGACUUUUUACGUCCUUCAGACACAGUUAUGCAGAAGGCAUGGAGGGAAAGAAAUCCUCCAGCUCGAAUCAAAGCAGCCUAUCAAGCUUUAGAAUUAAACAAUGACUGUGCCACUGCAUACGUUUUACUGGCGGAGGAAGAAGCAACAACUAUUGUAGAUGCUGAAAGGUUAUUUAAACAGGCACUCAAGGCAGGAGAAACAAUUUACAGGCGGUCACAGCAGUGCCAGCACCAAAGUCCUCAGCAUGAAGCUCAACUGCGAAGAGAUACCAAUGUACUGGUAUAUAUUAAAAGAAGAUUAGCAAUGUGUGCAAGAAAAUUAGGAAGAAUAAGAGAAGCAGUAAAAAUAAUGAGAGAUUUGAUGAAAGAAUUUCCUCCUCUUACCAUGUUGAACAUCCAUGAGAAUCUCCUAGAAUCACUUCUAGAAUUACAGGCCUAUGCAGAUGUUCAGGCAGUCCUAGCAAAAUAUGAUGAUAUAAGCCUUCCAAAGUCAGCAGCAAUCUGUUACACAGCAGCACUAUUGAAGACAAGGACUGUUUCAGAUAAAUUCUCUCCCGAAACAGCUUCCAGAAGAGGGCUAAGCACAGCAGAAAUUAAUGCUGUGGAAGCAAUUCAUAGAGCUGUGGAAUUUAAUCCUCAUGUUCCAAAAUACUUACUAGAGAUGAAAAGUCUAAUUUUACCUCCAGAACACAUUCUGAAACGGGGUGAUAGUGAAGCAAUCGCCUAUGCCUUCUUCCAUCUUCAGCACUGGAAGAGAAUAGAAGGUGCUCUUAAUCUCCUACAGUGUACGUGGGAAGGCACUUUUAGAAUGAUUCCAUAUCCAUUAGAGAAAGGCCAUCUAUUUUAUCCUUAUCCCAGCUGCACAGAGACUGCUGAUAGAGAGCUGUUACCUACCUUUCAUCAUGUUUCUGUUUACCCAAAGAAGGAGCUUCCUUUUUUCAUCCAUUUCACAGCAGGACUGUGUUCUUCUACAGCAGUGAUAGCUCUUCUCACACACCAGUUUCCUGAAAUCAUGGGUGUUUUUGCUAAAGCUAACAAGUAACCAUUUCCUAUUCAAGUAAUAGUAAUCGGAAUCAGAAGUUCCUUACACAACAGUAGAUGCCUGAAGACAUUUUUUGAAGGGAGAGGUGAUUUCAUUCUAUUCAAGAACUGCUGCAGGACACUGCAAGUGACUUAAUUUUUCAGAAGUAUGAGAAAAAUCAGCACCCCAGCUGCUUCCUGCUCAGGAGGGAUUCUCAAGGGCUCUAGAAAGCUCGGCUUGGUGGCGAGGUCACAUCCACCUUUUUCCAAUUCCCGUUCUACUGAUGCAGCCUGGUUUCUGAACACAAAGCUUAUAUUAAAAACAGUAAAAGAGGAUUAAAAGCAGUGUUGGUUUUUAACAUUCAGGAUUCAUGGAGGAUCUCAUUUUCUGUAAUUAAAUGACCCACUCUGUGUUUUCGCAGCAGAAUCACAUUCAUGUGGCGGUCUUAUUUCAGGCACUUUUGAAACAUGUUCAUCUGGAAUAAAAAUCUGCGCAAACCACUUCUGCAUAAUUCACCGUGAGUGUUGAGUGAUUCCAGUCCCCAAAUAGACAGCAAAUCACCAGCUGGUCCUCAGUUAGCCUUCUCCAUCACAAUGAGACGGUGACUGCUCAGCUUGAGACGUCUUUGAGGUGCCCUUCUAGCUUUAGUA